AUGACUGUUCCAAAUGACGUGGUCGCCAAUGGAGGCCCCGAGAAAGAGCCUGAAAGGCCAGACUCAGCAGUGGACUUGAACGAUGACUAUGUCCUAACUCGAGAUGCGGCUGCGUCUGCACGACUGAAUCUGUCUCACUACAUCUGGCACAGCUCGUUCGGAUACAACCUGCAUCCACGAAUCAAGGAUGCCAUUGGAGGCAGGGAGAAUCUUCAUGUCGCGGACAUUGGCACUGGAACUGGAAUAUGGCUACUGGACAUGGCACAACAAUUGCCGCGCUCUUGCCAGCUAGAUGCCAUCGACAUCAGCUUCGGUCAAUUUCCGCCACAAGAAUGGUUGCCCAGUAAUAUCUCUCUUCGCCUCGUCGACGUCUUCAGGCCACCACCGGAGGAGCUCAUCGCGAAGUACGACAUCAUCCACAUCCGCCACUUCGUCUGCGUAGUCAAAGACAAUGACCCAACACCACUCUUGAACAACCUCCUCAGAAUGCUUAAGCCUGGCGGCUGGAUUCAGUGGGACGAGUGGGAUGUUCUCGAUCGACACUUCACCAAGACGCAGCCUGACGGGCCGCAAGACUCCAUCGACAAGCUCGAGGCCGAAUUUGCUGUCAUGCGUCGACAUACUCCAUCGCCACAGUGGCCGCCAAGGCUGGAUGAGUACAUGCUUAGGUCGAACAUGCAGCAGACGUGUAUUGAGAAGCGACUUUCGAACAUCAGCCAUCUGCCGUUCAUGCAUGAUCUCACUCUUCUGGUGUUUCAGGAGCUGAUCGAUGGAGCGGAAAUGAAUGGGUUGAUUGACGCAGAGAAGACGCGGUAUCUGAGACAUCUGUUAGGCGGCGCAACGAGGGAGAGUAGGAUUGGUGCGGCGUGGAAUCUGACAAGGUGCAUGGCCGUCGCUCAGAAGGCUAUUGACGAUAGAGCACAUUCGUUCAUUCUGUAG